CGUGCAGCGGAAGCCAGUCCAUGCUGCUCUGACUUUGAUCUGAAACAUGUCCGUCCUAUAGCACGUUACUAUUAGCAGUUUCUCAGCAUGUCUCUUCCAUUUUUGCGAGCGGUUGUGUCACGUCAAUGUUGCCGACCUACCUUGAAGGGUCUGUCGCUGCAGCGUCUUCUUCAAAGCGGACGCUCCUCCGUGACAGCCCAGGUUCUGCCAGCGGCUGCUUCGGUGCCCAACGCAGCCACUAAUCGCAUUGUCGGGAGAUGGCUGGUGGGUUGCAGCGGCUUGGUGGUUGGAGCCGUGGUCCUUGGUGGAGUCACCAGGCUGACCGAAUCAGGUCUGUCCAUGGUGGACUGGCACCUGGUCAAAGAGAUGAAACCCCCACAGACAGAUGCUGAGUGGGAAGCAGAGUUCCAGAAGUACCAGCAGUACCCAGAGUUUAAAAUACUGAACCAUAACAUGACCCUAUCAGAGUUCAAGGCCAUCUUCUACAUGGAGUGGGGACAUCGCAUGUGGGGCCGGCUGGUGGGGCUGGCCUACAUUCUGCCCAUGGUGUAUUUCUGGAGGAGGGGCUACUUCACACGCUCCAUGAAGGGAUGCGUACUGGGUCUCUCCGGUCUGGUCACAUUCCAGGGCCUGCUCGGCUGGUACAUGGUAAAGAGUGGCUUGGAGGAUAAACCGGAGUCCUACGACGUGCCACGUGUAAGCCAGUACCGACUAGCUGCUCAUCUGGGCUCAGCGCUCCUGCUGUACUGUGCCAGCCUCUGGACGGGGCUGUCCCUGCUGUUGCCCGCACAGAAGCUGCCAGACUCACGCCAUCUUUCCAUGCUCCGUCGGUUCGCCCGUGGGACAGGAGGGCUGGUCUUCCUCACAGCCCUCUCAGGGGCAUUUGUGGCUGGCCUGGAUGCUGGCCUGGUCUACAACUCCUUCCCCAAGAUGGCUGAUCGCUGGAUCCCCGACGACCUGCUGGCCUUCUCCCCCAUGCUCAGGAACUUCUUUGAGAACCCCACCACAGUGCAGUUUGACCACCGUGUCUUGGGCAUCGCCACGGUGGCAGCCAUCACGGGUCUCUACUUAUUCUCCAGGAAGCUGCUUCUGCCCCGAAGGGCUAAGAUGGCCCUCAGCUGCCUGCUAGCCGUGGCCUACGCCCAGGUUGGUUUGGGCAUCAGCACCCUGCUCCUGUAUGUGCCCACACCUCUGGCAGUGACUCACCAGUCCGGCUCGCUGGCAUUGCUGACGCUGGCCAUCUGGGUCCUUGCCGAGCUGCGUAAGGUGGCCAAGUGAAUGCCUGACUCGGCCUUGGUGCUGGGCUGCCGCCGACUGCUGUGACCGGGAUGGACCCCCCCCCCCCUAUUUAUCUGAAGACCUCCUGCUGUUUGACAGCCCAGUCUACUUACUGUUUCCGGCCUUUUUCCUCACGUAAUGAAUCACUCCACCUCUGGUAUUUAAAUUGCCGUCUCAGAUCCUUCUUCUAACUGCAGCUGGGAGUGUUACACCUCUAUCCUUACAGGACUUAUCCUGAAAUAAGGGCCACAGGCGUUGUGCUUUUAUGACGGGUAGUGAUGAUUUCAGUCGGGGGGGGGGGAUCUCCCCGUCAUCUUGGGCCCUCAGAUCUAACAUUUAGCCCAUCGAUCUGACUGCACCUCCUUCUCAGGCCUAGUAAAGGUGUUCAUAGACUGCAGUCAGAAAUGUGUAUAAACACUGCCGAAGAGCUAAAUUAUUACUUAUUCUGUGAAUGUGAGAAAUAAAAUUUUUGCUUUUUGAA